AUGUCCCUGGGGGACUACAGCCGCCGCAGAGAGGGAUCUUCCCGGGGGCCCCACGGCAUCCUAGUUGGCGCCGGCCUCAGGCCCUCAACCCUGCCUCCCUCACGAGGCUUUCCCGGAGGCGGCGAGAGCGUGGCCGGCCCGGAGGAGGCCCCAGCCGCCAGCCCGCUGCUAGAAGACCUCCGGCAGCGGCUGGCGAGCGCCUUCCAGCGGGCGGCGCCGCGCGGCGUCUCGAGGCGCUCGCGGGAGGAGGAGGAGGCGGCGCAGGCGGCGCAGGCGGCGCGGGAGGAGCAGAGCCGGACGCGCGUCGAGAGCGCCCUGGCCGGGCUGCGCGCCGAGCUGCUGGAAAUGCAUUUCCAGAAUUGCCAGCUGGCCAGAACUUUGCUGGAUUUAAACAUGAAAAUGCAGCAAUUGAAAAAGUAUGAACUGGAAAUUGCAUCAGAAUUGCAAAGCUCGGAAGAUAAUGUCGUGAAUAUGGAAUGAGGAAACGCACAGAAGACGAUCUGA